AUGGAAAUUUGGAAAGUAAUAUUUUCAAUUUGGUUUUUGUUAUUCCAAAAUUUUGUUUUAAGUGCCAAAAACGAUGAUAAUAAAUUAAAAGUUAUAAGAGGAAGAAAUGUAAUUUAUAAUGGAAACGUUAUACCAUUAUCAAUUUUAAUAAGAAAUGGUAAAACAAUAGGUAUUAAAGAUUAUUCAUUUAAUCCUAAAAAAUUGAAUGAAAAUUAUGAAAUUUUAUAUGAUGAUCGUGAAUGUAAUAAUAAUGAAGAUUUUAUUAUAAUGGGUGGUUUAGUUGAUAGUCAUGUUCAUGUUAAUGAACCAGGUAGAACUGAGUGGGAGGGAUUUGAAAGUGCAACAAGUGCAGCAGCAGCUGGUGGUGUUACUACAAUUGUUGAUAUGCCAUUAAACAGUUCACCAGUAACUACAAGCUUUAAAAAUUUACUUGAUAAAAUUGAAUCUAUGAAAGGUAAAUUAAGAGUAGAUGUUGGAUUAUUGGGUGGUAUAGUUCCAGGAAAUUCAAAAGAAAUAAAAAAAAUGGUUUUACAAGGUGGGGUAUUAGGAUUUAAAUCAUUUUUAUUACCAUCUGGAAUUGAUGAAUUUCCUCCAGUAAAUGAGAAUGAUAUUCAAGAAGCAAUGAAUGAAAUGAAAUUAUUAAAAUGUCAAUAUAAUAAUUCAGAUGUAAUUAUGAUGUUUCAUGCAGAAGUUGAAGAACCAAUUAAAGAAGCAACUGUUAGAUUAAAAAAUGAAAAUGCCGAUCCAAAAUUAUAUAAAACCUAUUUAGAUAGUAGACCUAAAAUAUCAGAAAAUCAAGCAAUUUCUAAAUUAAUUGAUAUAACUAGACAAAACCAAAUCGUAUCAACACAUAUCGUUCAUUUAUCAUCAAGUGAAUCAAUUGAACAAAUUAGAGAAGCAAUGGAUCAAGGUGUACCAAUUUCCGCAGAAACUACAUAUAAUUAUUUACAUUUAACUUCUGAAUCAGUACCUUAUGGAAACACAUUAUUUAAAAGUGCACCACCAGUUAGAGAACAUGAAAAUAAAGAAUUGUUAUGGAAUGCUAUUAUUAAUGGUACAAUAAAAUUAAUUGUUUCAGAUCAUUCACCAUGUACAAUUAAUUUGAAACAAUUGAAAGAAGAUAAUCAAUCAAUUGGUGAUUUCUUAAAAGCAUGGGGUGGUAUUUCAUCAUUGGAAUUAGGUUUACCAAUAAUUUGGACAGAAUGUAAAAAUAGAGGUAUUCCAAUUACACAACUCUCUGAAUGGUUAUCAAAUGGACCAUCUAAAUUAGUUGGUUUAAAUGAUAGAAAAGGUUCAAUUGAAAUAGGUAGAGAUGCUGAUUUUGUAAUUUUCAAUCCAAAUGAAUCAUUCAUUGUAAAUGAAAAGAAAUUAUUUUUAAAAAAUAAAUUCUCUGCAUAUAAUGGUGAAAAAUUAUUUGGAGUAGUUUAUGAAACAAUUUUAAGAGGUAAUUCAAUUUUUAAAAAAGGUGAUAAUAAAAUUAAAAAAAUUAUUGGUCAACGUUUAAUUAAAUCAAAUUUAAUAAAUAAAAAAUAA